CAUGGAGAGGGGUCUGCAGUCGCUGAGUGAAAGGCGGGGCCAGUUGCCUCGCCUGAAGAACGUCGACCCUGUUUCCCUGUCUAGCUUAAAAAUUUACCAACUGCAGAAUCCAGCACUUAAUACUCUCUGACAACGGGAACGUGCUAUUUGCUUCAACACCAUGAUUUUGCAUUUUAUAUAUGAAAGCUUUGAUUUUAAAAGCUGGAUCAUUUUAAGCUUUGUUUUACUGCUUCUUGUAGAUAUCAUCAAAUAUAGGAAUCCUUCCAGUUUCCCCCCAGGACCCUGGCCUCUACCAUUCCUGGGAAAUGUCUUCACUGAGAUAGAUUUUAGGAACGUGAAUAAGUUGGCUGAAGUCUAUGGGGCCAUAUUCAGCUUAAGAGUGGGCAGUGAGAAAAUUAUAAUUGUUUCUGGAUAUAAAAUGGUAAAGGAGGCACUCAUUACUCAGAUCGAUAGUUUUGUUGACCGUCCAAAUGUCCCUCUGUUUCACAAAGUUUUUAAGGGAAUUGGUACGAUACUGAGUAAUGGUUACCUGUGGCGGAUGCAUAGGAAGUUUGCUGUCUCCCAUUUGCGGACCUUUGGAGAUGGGAAAAAAAGCCUUGAGCUUAGAAUCCAACAAGAAUGUGUCCACCUAUGCAAUGCUUUUAGGGCAGAAAAGGGACCUUUUAAUCCCAUGGUCACCUUAAACAGUGCUGUCUCAAAUAUCAUCUCCUGCUUAAUAUUUGGACAACGCUUUGACUAUCAUGAUGAAUAUUAUCAACAAAUUCUGCGUCUUGACACUGAAUGCAUUCAGUUAAUAGGCUCUCCUAGAGCACAGCUGUAUAAUGUGUGUCCUUGGCUCUUGGAAUACUUACCUGGCCCCCAUCAGACUAUUUUUUCCAACUAUAAGCAAAUAACAGACUUCUUGAGAGGAGAGAUCAUUAAACACAGAGAGGACUGGGACCCUUCAAACCCACGUGACUUAAUAGACAACUACCUGACUGAGAUGGAAAAGAAAAAGAGUGACCCCGAGGCUGGUUUUAACAUUGAAGGAUUAGUGGUGACUUGUCUAGAUCUGAUUGAGGCUGGGACAGAAACCGCAACCACAACAUUGCGCUGGGGUCUGCUUUUUAUGAUGAAGUUCCCAGAAAUCCAAGAAAAGGUGCAGGCAGAGAUAGACAGGGUGAUUGGACAGUCGCGUCAGCCCUGUUUGGCUGACAGAGUUGAUAUGCCCUACACUGAGGCUGUUAUCCAUGAGAUGCAAAGAUUUGGAGAUGUUGUUCCGCUGGGAUUCCCUAAAAAAGCUGUGAAAGACACAAAACUAGGGGAUUACUUCAUUCCUAAGGGGACAUCUAUUACAGUAAACCUGUCUUCAGUCCUGCAUGAUCCAAAUGAAUGGGAGACACCAGACACCUUUAACCCAGGACACUUCCUGAAUGAAAAUGGACAGUUUCGGAAAAGAGAUGCGUUCCUGCCAUUUUCAGCAGGUAAGCGAGCGUGUUUGGGAGAGCAGCUGGCUCGUCAGGAGCUUUUCUUAUACUUCACCUCUCUGCUGCAGCAAUUCACCAUCUCCAAAUGUCCAGGAGAGGAACCCAGUUUGGAGGGAGAGAUAUGGUUCACAUAUGCUCCUGCUCCCUACCAAAAAGAGUGACCCCGAGGCUGGUUUUAACAUAGAAGGGUUAGUGAUAUCUUGCUUAGACAUGAUUGAGGCCGGGACAGAGACCUCUGCUUCUACAUUAUGCUGGGGUCUGCUUUUUAUGAUCAAAUAUCCAGAAAUACAGAGUGAGUCUGGUUUUAAUUUUUCAAAGAAUCUACAUAUUGUCACCACAUUGUCACCACUUAAUGACUAACUUGUAUUUCCCAUUUAGAAAAGGUCCAGGAAGAGAUAGACAGGGUUAUUGGACAGUCACGUAAACCCUGUUUGGCUGACAGAGUUGACAUACCCUACACUGAGGCUGUAAUCCAUGAGAUUCAUAGACUUGGCAAUGUUGUUCCACUGGAUAUAGUAAUAUACACUCUAAAUACAACCCAGCGCUGGGUAAAAUAUGGACGAACCCAGCGAUUGGGUUGUUAAGACACAGCGGUUGGAUUACUGCCCAGAAGGUUGGGUUAAACAUUUAACCCAACUGUUGGUUGAAAACAACCCAGCAUGUGUUCAGUCCAAUAUUUACCCAGCACUGGGUUGUAUUUAACCCAGCAUUUUUUAGAGUGUAGUAUAUAAUAGAUGCUUAAGAGAUGCUUAUCUGCCUUUUUUAGCAGGUAUUUUCUAAACAUUUACAUGUAACUUCUCAGUGUGUGAUUUGCUUGUAAUUAUCUUUUUGUGGACAAGUACAGAAGAACAAAACUAGCACACACAUUUGAAACUUAUUGUACCUAACUAUACUGAAGUGAAUUAACAGGGCAAUAUGCUUUUAUAAAUGAAUAAAAAACUAAUGCUGUAUAAUUUAAUCAGUGAAAUUUUUUUCUGACAACAAAAAACAAUGAAUGGUUUUGAAUGAAUGAACUUUCAGGCUGUUAUCCAACAAAAACAACUAACCAAUUCACUGAAUUUGGUGAGUUGUUUUUCUUUGACUUCACAAUGCUUCAAAUGAGAAAGGAUAUUUAGGAUGAACUGACUUGAAUGAAUAUAGUGAAUGAAUGAAAAUGGAUAUUAAAAUCAGUCUUGCUCGUGCUUCUCGUUAUACUCUGAUACUCAUAGUUUGUUACUGGAAAAUAUUACUACAGUACUUAGAAAACAGCUGAACUUCUGUCAUGCUAGUGAGGCUGUUGAAAAAAUUUACCUUGGUUAAUAUAAUGUCAUUAUAGUCUUGCUAUAUAAGUCGGCCCAGAGCGCCAUUUCAUCAGAAUCUUCUCCUUCAGCGACGAGACCAUCUCUUCGCUGACUCUGCAAGAAGCCGAAGAAAAAGAAGCUUACCUGCUCUACACUGCUCCCGCCGUCGAAUCCAGCCCCGGCAGUGGACAAUUUCCCCUACGGCCAUCCGGCAAGGAAAAAAGUUGGACGCGAGUGGCCUGGUUUCCUUCGGCGCGUCUGAGAAGCAGAUAGUCAUCGACGAGACCGUGUCUUUGACGGCAUCUGACGCUGACGAGUGGGCGUGUUCCAGCGAGGAGCCCGACGCUCCCCCUCUAUCUCAGUCUGCGCGGCCCAGCAUAGACUUGGAGCUGAUCCGUGUUCUCACACGUGCUGUGGAGGAACUAGACCUGGAGUGGUCGUCCCGGAAGAGCCCGCCCCCGGCCUUCUCCAUGAGUGGUUCCUCAUGAGUCAUCGUCAGCAUUCCUCACGACAGCGACCUGCUCCGUUCAUGCCAGAGGUCCACGAGGAGCUCACUAAAACCUGGUGAGCUCCUUAGUCGGCGUGUGUGAACUCCUCUACUGCAGCAUCUCCCACCACUGUUGACGUGCUGAGGAAAAGGGGUAUUCCAAGCUCCCCCCUCUCAAGGAGGCGGUGGCUGCACACCUGCUUCCGCCGACGAGCCGUAGAUUGAAGAUGGCAACGCAUCCUUCAAAGCCCUGCAGGAUGACGUCAGCGCUUGCCAACAGAGCCCAUGCAGCGGCUGGCCAGGCCGGUUCAGCCCUGCAUACCAUGUCCGUGCUCCAAGUGUUUCAGGCCAAACUUCUCCGUGACAAGGCACGUUCUCGGAACUCCGAAUGGCCACGGAUUUGGCUCUGCGUGCUACCAAGGCAAGUGGGCAAGGCCAUGGCCAACCUGGUGGUGCUGGAGCGCCACCUGUGGCUGAACCUAACGGACAUCAGGGACACCGAGAAAAUGACCUUUCUCGAUUCCCUGGUUUCGCCCAAAGGGCUCUUCAGUCCAGAGUGCUUCAAGCCGGUGCUUCAGCAGCGCCCCAGAUUGGAAAAGAAGUACCCCUUCCCCAAGCGUCAGGGCCCACAUCCUCGUGUAACACUGGAUCCUGGGCCUCAGAAGCUGUCCUGAUCUGCAUGCGGAGAGGAAGAGGAGAGGGAUAAUUCUUGCAUGAUGCCGGAAUCCCCUCAAAGACAGCUCGCAGUUAUUCCCCACCCCUUCGAAUGCCUCUGAGUGGUGGAGGUGUUUUAACGGGGCACAUCCUGUCAUUUCAGUGUGUGCCCCAAACUACCGCUGUGAUAGCGGACCCACAUACAAUAAAGAGUGGGCAUCUUUCAAGCUGGGGACCUAGCGUCCCCUCAAAGCAUUUCAGAGGAUGCUCGGCUUCAUGGCCGCUGCCUCCUCAGUCAUUCCUCCGGGCCUGCUGCAUAUGCGGCCCCUCCAAUAUUGGCUAAAAUCCCGCUUUCCGUCCCACGCCUGGCGCCUGGGCGGCGCUCAUGUCAAGGUAACCCGCCGCUGCCUCAAAGCUGUGACCCCUUGGACAACUUCUCGCCUAUUUCAGUCAGACGUUCAGCUGGGUCGAGGGCAAUCCGGCGUACGGCUCCUGGACGACCCACGAGCGACGCCUGCAUAUCAACGGCCUCGAAAUGAUGGCUGUUUGUCUGGCCCUGAAGACCUUCCUGCCAGCCUUAAAGGGACAUCAUGUCCCAGCCUACAUCAACCACCAAGGUCACGUCCCCUUCACAGGAUGACUCGACGUCUCCUACUUUGGGCACAGAAAGAAUUCUUCUCACUACGAGUGGUUCAUGUGCCGGGCAGACUGAACCAAGGAGCGGAUAUGUUGUCAAGAGACAAUGUAGCUCCGGGGGAAAAGAGACUACAUCCCCAGACGUUUCAGAUGAUUUGGUCAGUUUUCGGCCAGGCAGAGGUAGACCUCUUCGCCUCCGAACACAACUGUCACUGCCCAACCUAUUUCUCAAAGCAGCGGGAUGCUCUGGCCCACGACUGGCCCAACACCCGUCUGUAUGCAUUCCCUCCGAUUGCCCUGCUGCCCCAUCUUAUUAGGGCGAAUCAGAGAAACAAAAUGCUCUUUCGUGGCCCCCCUCUGGAGGAACCAAGUUUGGUUCCCAGAGAUGAUCCAGUUGCUGUCUGCAGCACCGUGGUCAAUACCACUGAGGAGAGAUCUUCUCUCGCAAGCGCAGGGCAAGAUUUGGCAUCCCCAGCUGGAACUGCGGAGCCUUCAUGUCUGGCCACUCAACGGGAGUCUGAUCGACUCCCAACUAGAGUCACUAAUACCAUUUUAGAGGCCAGAGUUCUGUCUACACGGCGCCUCUAUGCCCUUAAGUGGUCAGUCUUCAGCGACUGGUGUUCAGCACAUAAUCGAUUUCAUGUGACACCCCUUCCACGCUCAAGGUCUAUAUGGCAGCCAUCGCGGUGAAUCAUUCUCUCGAGGCUGGCCGGACUAUUGGCAUAAAUGAGUUGGUUAAGUUCCUUAGAGGUGCUCGGCGGUUAAAUCCUCCCCGCCCUAAGACUGUACCGACCUGGGAUUUAUCUAUAGUCCUCAGGGCCCUCAAGGGUCCACCCUUUGAGCCACUUCAAACAGCUGGCUUAAGGGUCAUGACACUCAAAACCGCUCUGCUUUUGGCCCUAGCAACCGUCAAGCGAGUGGGUGACUUACAAGCCCUGUCUGUCAGUGCUUCCUGUCUUGAGUUCGGACCCAACGACUGUAAGGUCGUUCUUCAGCCGUGCAACGGCUAUGUACCAAAGGCGCUCACAACUCCGUUCAGAGCCCAGGUUAUCUCCCUUCUAGCCCUCCCUGCAACGGAUGGUGAUCAGGGGCCUAACCUGCUAUGCCCAGUUCGAGCAAUGCGAGUAUACUUUGAGCGUUCUAAGUCAUGUAGACAGUCAGAACAGCUCUUUGUGUGCUUUGGAGGCCGCUCUAAAGGGCUGCCGGUCACAAAGCAAAGGCUAUCUCAUUGGAUAGUAGAGGCUAUCACCCUAGCCUAUGCCUCAGCAGGCGUACUGGGCCCUAUAGGUGUGAGGGCCCACUCCACAAGAGGAAUGGCCUCCUCCUGGGCCUGGUCCAGCGGAAUCUCCAUUGGGGAGAUCUGUGCGGCCGCUGGCUGGUCGUCGCCGUCUACCUUUAUUAGAUUCUACAGGUUGGACGUCCCUGCCCAGGUGCUAUCUGCUUAAUGCUACUCCCCCCAGUGGAUGCUGGAUGCAUUCCCCAAAGCAGUCGUCAAUGAUGACGCAACAGGAGUUACCUUUCGAUGCUCACAUAACCUCGGUUCCCUGAGAUAAGGGAACGAGCAUUGUGUAACUGGCCAUGCUGUAGCUGCACACGAAUUGAUGGCUGUUGCUUCAGUCGUUGAUUCUGAUGAAAUGGCGCUCUGGGC